AUGGGAUCCGCAGAUGAGGAAGAAUUUGCCCAAGAGAAAGAGGCAAAGCGAAAGGCGACGGGGAAGGGUAAAGAGAAAUCAAGCCAGACUGAGCCUAUAAUACCCUUCCCAGGCAGAAUGGCCAAGGAACAAGAGAAGGAAGAAUUAACCGAACUGGUUAAAAUCUUCAAGAAGGUAGAGGUCAAUAUACCCCUUUUGGUCGCGCUACGCUCUAUGCCCAGAUGUGCAAAAUUUCUCAAAGAACUCUGCACUCGGAAGGUCAAAUACACGGAUGAUGCGAAAUUUCAAGUGGGCGAAUCCGUGUCCGCAGUCUUACAACGAGAUAUGACCAUAAAAUGUGGAGAUCCUGGCAUGUUCUACAUUCCAUGUGUAAUAGGAACCAUGAAGGUGGAAAAGGCAAUGCUCGACUUAGGGGCAUCCAUCAACGUUAUGCCCUUAUCCAUGUACCAGGACCUGGAGAUAGGACCGCUGAAGCCUACCCGAGUGGUGAUCCAACUGGCAGAUCGAUCAAAUGUCUACCCAGAGGGGAUAUUGGAAGACGUUUUGGUCAAAGUGGAGGAACUAAUCUUUCCGGCGGACUUUUACAUUCUCGACAUGGGGAAGUCAAAAGCACGAGAUCCGGUCAUGCUUUUGGGCAGACCAUUUCUAAAGACUGCCAGGACUCGCAUUGAUUGUGAUACGGGCAAGCUAACAUGUCAGUUUGAAGGGGAAAUGGUGACCUUCGACAUAUACAAUGCCAUGAAACAUCCAGCCGAUACAGAGAUGGUGAAAAGUGUCGACAUGAUCGAGAAGGUUGUUGAAGAGGUUUUGCCCAGAACAGCAUUCAAGGAGCCAUAUGACACUAUAAUCCAGAAUGGCAUAAUCGAGGAGGAUUUGCAAGAGGAGCACUUGCAAGAGGCGGUGAAAGUACUUAAUGCAUGGAGCGAAGGGGUCAACCACACUGAGGCGCUGAAAAUCCCCACCCUGAAGGAAGAAGACCGACUUGUUCCAUAG